CUGACGCUGGUGAUGCGUGGAUCAGAGGAGACGUUCAUUGAAUCCAACGCGCAGUAGAGGCUAGUAUGGUCCCCUAACGAGGAAUUCAUGCCCUCGCCGUGCGUUCAACGGCCCUUUUAUUUCACACUGGAAGCAGAACAACUCGCCCCUUCAUACACGGCGCGGACAGGCGAGCGCAGGGCGGAAAAUCGCUCGUUGGUGACCUUGCAUUGAAUGUCCUACUUGACGGAUUUUUAAAGCAGCGACACGAUCGUCAGCCACAGCCAUGGAGAUCGUCACACAUUUAAUUAACGACACCAUCGAGUUUUACAAAUGGACUCUAACUAUUGCAGACAAGCGAGUGGAGAAAUGGCCCCUGAUGGACAACCCCCUGCCCACGCUGACCAUCAGCACCAUGUACCUGCUCUUCCUCUGGCUGGGGCCCAAAUACAUGAGGAACAGAGAGCCCUUCCAGCUCCGCAAGACCCUCAUCGUCUACAACUUCAGCAUGGUCAUCCUCAAUGCCUUCAUCUUUAAAGAGCUGUUCAUGGCGACGCGGGCGGCGGGCUACAGCUACGUUUGUCAGCCAGUCAACUAUGCAGACGACCCUAACGAAGUCAGGGUGGCGGGCGCUCUGUGGUGGUACUUCAUCUCCAAAGGCAUCGAGUAUCUGGACACGGUGUUCUUCAUCCUCAGGAAGAAGUUCAACCAGGUGACCUUCCUGCACGUCUACCACCACUGCACCAUGUUCACGCUCUGGUGGAUCGGCAUCAAGUGGGUGGCUGGAGGACAGUCCUUCUUUGGUGCACACAUGAAUGCCGUAGUGCAUGUCUUGAUGUAUCUGUAUUACGGCCUGGCCUCCUGCGGACCAAAGGUCCAAAAAUACCUGUGGUGGAAGAAGUAUUUGACCAUCAUCCAGAUGAUUCAGUUCCACUUCACCAUCGGCCACACGGCCUUGUCGCUCUACGUCAACUGCGACUUCCCCCACUGGAUGCACUACUCCCUCAUCUGCUACGCCAUCACCUUCAUCAUCCUCUUCGCCAACUUCUACUACCAGACCUACCGGCGCCAGCAGCCCAGGCGCGAUACCUCCAAGGCAGGCCGGGCCGUGUCCAACGGGACCUUCAACGGGCUCAGCAAGGCUGCCAAUGGGGCGGCGGUCGCAGGGAGCAAGGAGGAGAACCCCCAGGAGAACUCUGGGAGGAGGAAGAGGAAAGGAAGAGCCAAACGAGAUUAGAGGAGGGGGGGACUGACAGAGGUGCCGGUGAGAAAGGGCCUUUCUUUGGGGUCUAGAUUGCUAGUGCUAAAUCAUGAAGUACUUGAUUUGGGAGGUGUCCAUGAAUGGAUGUUUUAAGGUGUGAUGCAUUUACUGAAGCCAUGGUCGAAGUUGUUUUAGUUGAGUUAUGACACAGGCCUGUGUUGAGGGAGGAUCGUUCUGUGAGUGAGAGGGGUCAGAGGUCACGAGGGGACCGUUAUCACGCAUAGCCCAAAAUACUGUAGUGACUGGUGCAGGAUAGCGCUCCGUAUUCCUUCUCCUUAUUGUGGUGCCAAAUGCCGCGGAUCGGCUUCGCGCAGAAUGACUGACGGCCGCUAAAAGAAGAUCCAAGUCAGUUUUCCCCCGGCUCGCUGACGUGAGACGUGUCCGAGAGACGAGCGAUCACUGCUGUACAGAGACAGGAAUACACAUCAUAACACACACGAAAGCGUAAUCUCUUUUUGUUUCUGAUUUUUACUGUACAAAUAUAAACCUGAACAAUAUCACGUCACAUUUGUACUUGCGUAUUUUAAUAAUGUUAUGUGAAAGAGAUUUAAGUUUACAACGAAAGGACAACUCUAUAUUCAUUCACUUCUUAGUAACGGUGGAGGGAUCCUAUAUAUUUUGGCUUGGGGACUAAAGAAGGAGCAUAAAUAGAGGUGAGAUACACACAGAGAAGGAAUAAAAGAUUAUUGGACCUUUGGGACCUGAAUGGGAUUGUUCCCAUUGUUGUGGCAAACUCUACUACAGAAGGUUUAAAUUUAGGUUUUCUAUUUCUGUAUCCAAUCAUUACAUGUUUUAUAUGCUGUAGCCCUUCUUGUGCGUAAUGUGAUGAAAUAUCGUGGAUAAUAUCCAGAGAAGUGACGGCUCUGAUCAUUGUUUCUGUGUUCCCUCCUUUUCGACAGAGAAGCAGGUCGAGUUUGUCUUCGCAGAUGUUCGUCUGGCUCGUCUCUUUUUAUAUUCCCCUCUGAUGUCGUCGUCUGUCUCGUGUGCCGAAAACAAAGACAUAUUGCCGGUCUGGGUUUCCUUUGUAUUCGCAGAGGAUUCAGAACGAGCCGCAGCCACUUUUUUAUAGCAACUUAUCGUGACGCAUUUUCUUCUCGUGUCUACGUUUUCAGGCUUUAACCGUUGCCCUGAACUGGCUUGAAUGUAAUUUUAUCAUCAGGGGGAGAAAGGCGGAUUUAAAAAACUAAAGGUUAUGAUUUGUGUGCAGACAGCGCUGGUGUGAGCUGCACCACAGUGAAGAACAAGCCCGCCUGAUGCAUUGCACAUCAUAAAAUCAGUGCUCAGCGAUUAAGCAGCAAAUCCAGCUUCCUGUCAUUAUCAAGCAGUGACUUUUAAUGUUAUUUAUUGGUUCUUUAUAUUUUUAUGUAAAUACCAGCUUCUAUUUAGCCGAUGGUGCUUGUUUGUGUAUUUGUGUUUUUUGUGUUGUACAUAUUACGUUGUAAUAUUUUGUACACUGCGCGUUCGGGAUCGCUUCUAGCUUGUUAGCUCAGACAUUUAAAGGUCCACAUUGCUUCUGUGUGUUUUUUAAGUCUUACAACUUUGAACUCUCCAAAAUAAAUUCAGCUGAAUGCCUGUCCAAA